AAUUAGUCAGAAGGGCUGCUCAUCCUGCCUCCCACGUACUGUUACAGAGAAAGUGUUUUCCUGGAGGGAGAAGUGCAAGAUAAUUUCACAGGAAGGUCAUCACCAUGCUUUGAACCGGAAGCUCUGCCAGGCGACUCCUUGGAAUCCCAAGGUUUCUGCAGAGCAUAAAAGAGCAACUUCAGAGCUGUGUGUUUAGAUUCCCAUCCCAACCUACUCCCCGCCAGUUUGUCUGUUGACAACUCUGGUAAUAAAAUCAGAUUAUAUUUCUGAUUUUGUCUUUUUUCUUCCCGUCCCCUCCACCACCCCACCACCAGGCCCUGCCUUCUGGAGCUGAGGAAGAAACAAAACAACGAAGUCUUCCUGGAAUCUUGGGAUACUUUUGGGACGGUUUUUUUUCAGCACUGCAAGCAAUUUGGUGAAAAGAUGAGCAGAAGGAGGAUCGAUAUGUUUGUAGCUGCCAUCUUGUAUCUUCUCUCCCAAUUUGCCCCUUGUGAGGGGACUGCAGCUUCAGAGAAUGAAGAAUAUGCAGAGAUUAUUGGUCUCAGUUCAUCCCCACUCAUACUAGGUAUGUCGAUCUGUGCCUUGAAAGCUGAUUCUGGUCCCUGCAAAGCCCUGCACACCCGCUAUCAUUUCAACAUUCAUACCCGCCACUGUGAAAGUUUUAACUUUGGUGGAUGUCAAGGCAAUGAAAACAACUUUCUAACCUUAGAAGAAUGUCAACAAACAUGUGUCAUAAAAGAUUUACCAGGGAAGAGAAAGAAAUUAAGAAUUAAGAAAGAAAAGCCUGCCUUCUGCCUUUUGGAGAAUGACCCUGGCAUCUGCCGAGGAUUAAUCCCCAGGUAUUUCUACAACAAAGAGUCACAGCAGUGUGAAAAAUUCCAAUAUGGUGGUUGCCUGGGAAACCAAAACAACUUUAAAACUUUGCAAGAAUGCCAAAAUACCUGCCAUGACAGGGUCCCCUCAACCAAUUCACUACAAAUAGAUGGUGACCGCAUGGUUUUUAGUACUAUUAGUAAUAAUAGUGCUCCACUUAUUAAGCAAGUUAUACGUCAGGGAGAAAGGAACAGCUGGAAAAAGACUGAUCACGACUUAUUUCUGCUCCCUUCUCUUUGUGUGAUGCCCAUGGACAGAGGACUUUGCAAAGCAAAUGAGAAACGGUUCUUCUAUAAUCAGACUACUGGAAAAUGCCGUCCAUUCAGCUACACUGGAUGUGGUGGGAAUGAAAAUAAUUUUACCUCUAGGAAGGCCUGUGUGCAGAUGUGUAAGAAAGGUUUCAUUUCGAAGAAGGGACAAAAAGGUGUCAUGAAAAUACGUCGGAAAAGAAAGAAACAAGUAGUCAAGCUGGUGGAUGGGGCAAUUGUUAUUGAAAGGAUUUGAGCACUAUAUAAUUAAACAUUCUGAAAAUGU